GCCGAGAAGCAUUCUUUAGUUUGUGUCAUUUUUCACCGGUGGAGGAGAAAAAAAUUCCAACGUUUUUAUUUGCUUCCCUUUCACGUCGUAAGUGAAAUCUAGGCUCAAGGAUGCCGGACGGAGCGAUGGACUUUCUGAAGGACCUCAACCAACCGAAGGUGUACGAGCUGAAGAAGGCCUUCUGUUUGUUCGACCUGGACGGUGAUGGCGUUAUCAGUGAGCAGGACCUGCGGAAUACCUUCCUGACGUUGGGUCUGGAUAAAUCCGACGGGGAGAUUAUGAAAAUGUUCGAUGGCGUCGUGCAGCCGCUCAAUCUGGACGUAUUCCUGCUACUCAUCCUGCAGAAAGCGAACGGCCUGGCACCGAUGGAUGUGAUGCUGAACGCAUUUCGGCAUUGGGACAAAGCCAACACCGGUUUCAUCGAUAAGAACCAGUUCAUGUUCGACAUCAUGAGCUACGGUGACCGGUUCACACCGGAUGAUGCCGAACAGGCCCUGGAGGAUGCGGCCGUGACCCGAGGGCCCCUGAUCAACCGGGACGGCCAGCCGGUGGAGCGGUUUGAUUAUGUGGACUUUGCAGAGAAUAUUUCCGGCUUCCAGAAGACAGAGCACAACCAGUGAAGCGCGCUGGCACCAGUCCAACCAGGUCAAAUGCAGUUCUCGUUUUCUGUUCGAUAUGUAGGCAAGUGAGAAAAUAGAACCGAUUCGAUUGUAUCUUUGUUGCACUCCGUUUCAUCAGAUUGUUGGGAAAUAAAUUUGUAAUCGGAAGUGCCGCAAUGUGCUUCCUGCUGGUGA